AUGUUCAAUCGCCCCCAACCUGUUAGCGGACGUUCCGGACACCAAUCGGCCUCAUUGUACAUCUUCGUACUAACUGCCGCACCCGGACGACACCACCCCAUGCCCCCGUCAACCUCCGCCUCGCCCCCAACGCGGGCAGUCAACACUGACCGCACCCAUGAACUCUCAUUGCCAUCUUCCUCCAUCGCCUCAACAUCUACUGCGACAGCUCCUGUACCCACCACACACCGACGCUACAAGGACACAUUGAAGAAUUCUCUUAAAGAAUUGCAUAUAAAUCCAGAGACCUGGGAGGUCCUCGCCCAGAACAAACCGGCCCGGAGAAGAGAAGUGAAGACUAGCCUUGUCAUCCAUGCAACAAAUCGGAUCGUCGCCGCCGAAACCAAACGAGAGGCUCUCAGAACGCAAGUGCCUCGCCUCCUCAAUGUCAACCACUCGCCGCUUCCAACAUGCCCGCGCUGCCACCGCAUAAUCCACUCGCGAAUCGGUCUGCCAGGCCACCUUCCAACACAAUACACCAUCAAUUCGACAACGUCUGCUUCGUUCCUACCGCAAACCCGCGCCGAACGGAGCCUCCGUCACCUCUAAUCGCAAUGUCGCCGUCCCGCCGCCGCCGCCGCAGCCGCCGCCGUCGCCGCCGCCGCCACCAUCCGCCCUGCCUCAACCCCUGUAUCGGCCACAGCGACCAGCAUCACCACCCCCCGACUUCCCACACGUCCCCACCGAUGGGGCGACGUCUGACGUCCUACCACCUCCUACGAUCACCACUAACACUCCACCUCCAGCGACGUGGACUCGGUUCAUACCUGUCCUCUUUGCGAUCGCACAUUCCCCUCACAAAUCGGCCUGGUCGGUCGCUUGCGAACCCAUCGCAUAG